UUUUAUGGCAAAACCCAGCCAAGGAAAUUCUCUGCCGAAAAGCUAUGGCAACGACGCUCAGUUUCUUGCUGAGGCCUUUGUGCAUCUCCACAAACUCUUCAAUCCUUUCAAAGUUUCCCCUUCGCCGAACUACCCAACUCUCUUUUGUCACCUCUCCUCUCCACUCCUCUCGCUCUCUCUCCUUUUAUCUCACGCCUAUUAGAGCCUUUACUCCAACCAUUUCCUUGCCACAACUACAAGAGGAAGAAGAACAAGACCAGGAUAUUGCUUAUGAAAUUGAGGAAUCUGAAGCUGAGCAUGAAUAUGAAAUGGCAGAGACCGUUGGAAGUGAGGAAAGUAAGAGUUUUGAUAGUGGAAGGCGGCUCAAGUUACCGACUUUGACAGUGAAGGAAAAGAAAGAGUUGGCGUCUUAUGCGCACAGUUUGGGGAAGAAGUUGACCUGUCAAAUUGUGGGCAAGAGUGGUGUUACUGAAAAUGUAGUGUCCUCUUUCAUUGAGAAUCUUGAAUCCAACGAGCUUUUGAAGAUUAAAAUUCUGGGAACUUGUCCUGGGGACCUUGAAGAUGUGGUGAAGCAGUUGGAGGCAGCAACUGGUUCUGUGGUGGUUGGUCAAAUUGGUCGGACUGUCAUUAUAUAUAGGCCAAGCCUCACCAAAUUGAAGUUAGAGGAGAAGAAGAGACAAGCUCGUAAAAUUUAUGUGAGAAGAGAGUCAAGAAUUAAGCCUACAUUACCAAAUGUACCAGUGCGACGACUUUCUAGACAUGGACGUCGGGGAAGCAGCCGUUUUAAUCCUUAAUGCCCCAUCUAUCAUUUCUUGGAAUUCUGUUUACAGCAGCCCUGGUGUUCACAUGUGGGGACCUCUUGAUCUUCUCAUGGGACUUUGCUUGUUUGAGAUACUGUAUGGUAGAAACUAAUGCUGGACUUUCUGGUGGCAAAUAUAUCCGGAGAGAUUUUUGGUUGUGGAAGGGUGCAUAUGACCAAUCCCAGACCAGAUUUGAUUUGCAUGUGACAAUAAUUUGUUGAUAGAUGGUGAGUUAGGUUUUAUGUGAUGCUUUUUGGCUGGAAAUAUUUUCAUGUAAUCCAUAAAUUAUGUUCAUAAUGUUUGCUUCUGAACAGCAAGAAAUUAAUUGCCAAUGAAACAAGGUGGCCCAUUAAUUUUCUA